AUGACGCCAUCGAAGCUGUUCAGCAACGUGCCAGCAGGCGCAAGCCAGAAGCCCACACCAUUUGAGCUGCAUAUCGAGGAUGGGAAGCUUCAAGACUUCAAAACUUUACUGAAUCUGAGCCCCAUCGCGAAAGAGACAUAUGAGAACCAGCGAGAAGACGGAGAGUUUGGCGUAACACGCAAAUGGAUGGUAGACUCGAAGAAGUAUUGGCAGGAAAACUUCGACUGGCGAAAAGAAGAAGAUCGCAUCAACGCUCUGCCCAACUACAAGACUGUGAUCAAAGACGAUGAUGGCAACAGCUACGAAGUCCACUUCGCUGCACUGUUUUCAUCCAGAUCGGACGCAGUCCCCAUUGCUUUCCUUCAUGGAUGGCCCGGGUCUUUCCUCGAGUUUGUGCCUCUCAUGGAACUCUUGCAGCAGAGGCAUACGCCGGAUGACCUUCCGUACCACAUCAUCGUACCUUCACUCCCAGGAUUUACUCUGUCCUCAGAUCCGCCCCACGACAAAGACUGGUCCACUAUAGAUAUUGCACGGGUUAUCCACAAGCUUAUGCUCUCUCUCGGGUUUGGUUCGAGUGGGUACCUUGUUCAGGGCGGUGACAUUGGAAGCAUGGUGUCCCGUGUGUUAGCAGCAACGUACGACGAGUGUAAGGGCAUGCAUCUGAAUCUCAUGCUGAUUACCGGAAUCCAAGAGAAUGCUAGUGACGACGACAAGCUUACUGAGCAGGAGGAAAAGGGAUUGAAACGUAUGGAGAAGUUCUUCGCCAAGGGCAUGGCGUAUGCGAUGGAGCACGGGACGAAGCCCGCGACAAUUGGGUUUGCAAUAGCAAGCUCGCCUAUCGCGCAGCUCGCUUGGAUUGGAGAGAAGUUCCUCGCUUGGAGCGACCCCCAGACGACCCCGUCACUGAACACUAUCCUCUCCGACAUCACGCUAUACUGGCUCACGGACUGUUUCCCAACAUCAAUCUACAUGUAUCGGCAGGAGAAGAAAACGGAGUAUGUGAACAAACCGAUCGGAUACUCGUACUUUCCUUACGAACUCUGCCCCACUCCACAAGCUUGGGCGGCCAAGACGGGAGAUCUGGUGUUUUUUAAGAGCCAUGAUAAAGGUGGUCACUUUGCCGCAUUGGAGCGACCAGAGACUCUGUGGGCUGAUGUUCAGGAGUAUGUGAAGAUCGCUUGGAAAUGA